CAAUGGAUUUUUCCAUCUACCCUAUAAUUAUUUUCCAAUUAAAUUUUUUGUUUCGACAACACAAACAGAAUUUUUAAACAAAGAUUUAUUUGACUAUAUAAAAACAAGCAGAAUCUGCAAGAUUCAUAUUCAAUUUCUUAGAACCCAAAAAUCAUCAUGUACAAUCCAAGACCUAAUGACGGUAGUACAUUUAAAUUUCCUUUACAAUGUUUUUGGCUAAAAUUAAAUGGUUCGUGGCCUGUUGAAACGCAAAAUGAAACAUUUAAACGCCUUUACAAUGCUUGGUCGUGGUAUGUCGUGUUCUCGGUUGGCAUUACAAUUUAUUUCCAGACAGUAUUUUUGAUAUUCACAUUUGGUGAUAUUUUAAAAACUACUGAGAAUUGUUGUACUACUUUCAUGGGAGCCCUGAAUUUUAUUCGUAUUGUUCAUUUAAAAAUGAAUCAAAAGCCAUUCAAAUUGAUAUUGCGUAAUUUCGUCAAAAGCAUUUGGAUCAAAAAAGGUUCAAAUCCCAGAAUUGAAAAUGAAUGUCAAUCGAAUAUGAAGAUUUUCAGCUUGGUAUCUAUAAUGAUGAUGUGUUUGAUUCUGAUGUACUGCUUUCUGCCACUGAUCGAACUAUUUUCCAAUCCAAACGCGGAUGAAAAACCAUUUCCGUAUAAAAUGAUCUUUUUCUACGAUGCCAAUCAUGGAUGGAAAUAUGUCUUCACCUACAUUUUCACCUCGUUUGCUGGAAUGUGUGUGGUAACGACUUUGUUUGCUGAGGAUUCUCUUAUUGGAUUUUUUGUCACCUAUACCUGUGGUCAGCUUCGUAUUUUGCAUGAAGAUUGUUAUAAAAUUAUACCCCAAGCUCAUCGGAAGGUUGUUGCUGAAAAUGGAAAAAUUUCAGUGCCUGAAGUUCAUUUCCAAAGGGAGUAUGUUCGGCAAUUGCAUGUUAUAGCUAAGCGACAUAGUGAAAUUAUCAAUUUUGCACAGAGUUUGGAGAAAUUCAAUAGUCCUCAUUUAUUGGCAAAUUUUUCGAUAAGUUCGAUUUUAAUUUGCAUGGUUGGAUUUCAAUUGGUUACGGGUAAAAUGUUCAUUGGAGACUAUUUAAAGUUUUUGGUCUAUAUUCUAUCAGCACUUUCGCAAUUGUUUAUUUUAUGCUGGAAUGGAGAUAAUUUAAUACAAUGCUCUUUAAAAACUGCUUGGCAUUUAUACGCAUGCAAUUGGGAGGGUGGAGAAUUAUCUCAACAGGAUAAAAAGAUGAAACAAGAUGCAAUAAAAUACUGUCCAGCUGGAAGGGAUUUUAAUUUAAAAUUGAAAUUAAUGAUUAUGCGGAGCCAAAAACCUCUGCAGAUAACAGCAAUGAAGUUUUCAGUUUUAUCAUUGGAGAGUUUUACUAAAAUUUUGAGUUCAUCAAUGUCAUAUUUUACACUUUUGCAAACAAUGCUUGAGAAAUAAAUGGACUACUUUUAGUAUUUUCUUAA